CCUCCAGACUCAUAGGCUAAAUAAAACAAUACUAUCACUGGAUAAUCACAUCGGACUACUAAAAGAGUCGUUUGGAGCUUAUUUUUUUAAAACAUUUUAGGCAGAGGAUUCACACAUUUGUUUACAAUGAAAUUCCACAUGGAUUUAUUUCUAUUGACAUUUAUUGUGAACGCGAACUGCUCUGCUGCUAUAUAUUGGCUUGGACUUACUGUAAAUGGGAGUUCUUUAGGCUGGAAUCAAACUAAUCAUUGCAAGCUGCUCGACGCGUUGGCCCAUGAGCAAUUGCAACUUUGUCGGCGAAAUAUCGAGUUGAUGCACAGUAUUGUCCAUGCCGCCAAGAUUACCAAAAAUACAUGUCAGAACACCUUCGGUGACAUGCGGUGGAACUGUUCCUCUGUUGAAAAAGCCCCUCGUUUUACACCAGAUUUAGCAAAGGGCACCAGGGAGUCUGCGUUUGUGUUCUCACUAGCUGCUGCCGUAGUGAGUCACUCCAUCGCCAGAGCCUGCUCUUCUGGAGAGCUCCCCAGCUGCUCGUGCGCCCCAGCCCCUGCUGAACAGGCCGGGCCCGACUUCAAAUGGGGAGGAUGUGGUGAUAACCUGCACUAUGGUCUCCAAAUGGGAUCUGCUUUUUCUGAUGCACCGAUGAGAAACAGCAGAUCUGGCUCUCAGCCGUUCAGACUGAUGAAUUUGCACAAUAAUGCAGUUGGAAGACAGGCACUUAUUGAUGCCCAGGAGACCAAUUGCAAAUGCCAUGGGGUGUCUGGGUCCUGCUCUGUCAAAACAUGUUGGAAGGGCCUCCAUGAUAUUAAUCACAUUGCCAUGGAUCUCAAAUCCAAGUACCUGUCUGCCACCAAGGUGAUCCAUCGUCAUGUUGGGACAAGGAAGCAGUUGGUCCCCAGAGAGUUGGAUUUUCGACCAGUGAGAGAGAGUGAUUUGGUCUAUCUGAUCAGCUCUUCGGAUUACUGCACAUACAAUGAGAAGCAUGGCUCUCUCGGCACACAGAACAGACAGUGCAAUAAGACAUCCAACGACAGUGGGAGUUGCAAUAUAAUGUGCUGUGGUCGCGGCUACAAUGCCUUCACUGAGAGAAUUGUGGAGAGAUGCCAGUGCAAGUAUCACUGGUGCUGCUACGUCACCUGCAAGAGGUGUGAAAUGACAGUGGAGAGAUAUGUAUGCAAAUAAACUUUGCAUAGAGACACUUGAGUAAACAUGAAGCACUAUUUUAACCACCAUAUCUUGUCAAGCUGUGCUGGCCCAGGUCACCUGACCCAACUCCCCGUGUAGUAGUACGUAGUCUGCAGGCUAUAGUACAAUAAAAAACAAGAGGAACAACUCACAUACAAUACCAAAGAUAAACAGAUGGAUCUGGACUCCUCUGUUACCUGUUUUAAAGAGACUGGAGGAGGGCACUACUGUGAAAAAUAUUGUGUUACUUGAAGAGAAAAUGUGAUUGAUUGGGAGCUGUUAGCUAUUCAUGCUUGAUUAGUAACAUGUUCCUCAAUAGAAGAUUAGUUGAAUUGAUUACAAAGGAGGUACCCUAAAUGCAAACCGUCCAGUCAGCUUUAAGUUGUUCAACUGACACUGAAAAGCUUUUAACAAUAAACAUCUUACUCAUUAACUAAAUUGCCAAAUGUGAGGCAGAAUAGCUGAUUGAUCUAAUUUGAAUGUCCAUUUUAGUCAAAAGGGGCU